AUGGCUUAUGGUCUGCUACAGUGUCUGGACCACCUUCUGGUCAUCUACACCUUCCUGCCCCUGCGUUGCCUCGUCACUUAUCUCACCCUCGUGCUCUUCGUUCUUCGCAGUGUUUUUGGCCUGCUUAUUCCCAGCAUCAGGUUAGUAGUUGCACCCCCUCCCCCGGCCCUGCGGUCUUCCUGCUUUGUGUAUUCGCACCUUAAAGUACCUUAUAACAACUUCUAG